CCCGACUCUCUUUCCUACAACAAAUAUGGCUGCAAAAUCGGACGGAGCAGCCCUGUCUGUGCAGACUACCGAGAAUCCGGUACCACCACCACUCCGAUGUAUGGUCGCAGCCGAGCCCGACCAGGGUCCCUCGUCGUGCCGCUAUGCUUCUAAGCCCUACUCGCUCCUGGAUUGCUGCUGGGUGUUGUGCUCACUGCUCGUCUUCUUUUCAGACGGGGCCACCGACCUGUGGCUUGCCGCGGACUACUACCUGAGACGGGACUACUGGUGGUUCGGGCUGACGCUGGUCUUCGUGGUGGUUCCCUCCGCCGUGGUUCAGGUGUUGAGUUUCAGGUGGAUAGUCUACGACUACACGGACAUCAGCGGCAGCAGCAGCGGGGCAGUAGCGGCAGUCAGUGCGGCGGCAGCAGCGGCGGCGGCGGACUCUUCCAAGGGAGGCGAGUGUAAUUUCAGCACCAAGGGCAGCACCAACAACAACAAACAGCGCGGUGGCGGAGCGGCCAAUGCUGCUACUGUUGGCGGGGUUGGAUGCUCCGGCACGCGGACAUGCUGCAGAGUGUGUAUGUGGCUGUUCCAGUCAAUUCUUCACCUCCUACAACUGGGCCAGGUCUGGAGGUAUGUCCAUGCCCUCUACCUGGGCGCCCAGAGCAGUUGGCACGGCAACCGCGGUCACUUCCACUGGAGGUUGAUGUGUGAGUGUGCUGACAUCACCAUGCUGAGGCUGCUGGAGGCCUUCCUGAAGAGCGCUCCUCAGCUGGUGCUACAACUCAGCAUCAUGAUACAUGCCAACCACGUCCUGCCACUACAGGGUCUCUCUGCCUCAGCCUCCUUGGUCUCUCUGGCCUGGAUAAUAGCGUCCUACCAGAAGACUCUGAGGGACUCCAGAGAUGACAAGCUCCCGAUGUCCUACAAGGCUGUGAUUGUCCAGAUGCUGUGGCACUUCUUCACCAUCGGGGCCAGGACCAUCGCCUUCGCCCUGUUCGCCUCAGUGUUCCAGCUCUACUUCGGUAUCUUCGUCGUGAGCCACUGGUGCCUCAUGACGUUCUGGAUCAUCCAGGGGGAGACAGACUUCUGCAUGUCCAAGUGGGAGGAGAUCAUCUAUAACAUGGUAGUGGGCAUCGUCUACAUCUUCUGCUGGUUCAACGUCAAGGAGGGCCGCGCUCGCUUCAGGAUGUGGCUCUAUCACACGGUGACUCUGGUAGAGAACGUGUCCCUCAUCGCGGCGUGGUAUCUUUACCGCGGGCCGAACACCUCGGACUUUUACGCCCUCGUCGUGGUGUGUGUGGUGGUUUGUAGCUACGCUCUGGGGAUCUUCUUCAUGUUGGGGUAUUAUUGUCUCCUGCACCCUGACGGGCCGGUGUCCGCGGCUCAGUGGGGGGGGUGUGUGGAGGAUGGGGGGUUGAUGGUGGAGUCCUGUGUGACCCCAGCCGAGGCAUCACCCCUCCCCCCUCCAGACGUGGUCACCAGCCCCCCUAGGACUCUAACUAGGACUGCAGGUGCGGAUCGGGGCGAGGUGGUACCAGGAGAUCUAGCUGUGUUCCAGGUUAGAUCCACCGCCACUACCUCUCCGGCCCUGGCCCCUCGGCCCCUCAGGACAGAGGGGCCAGUGAUCCGGAUAGACCUUCCCAGAAAAAGGUACCCUGCCUGGGAUGCUCACUUCAUCGACAGGCGGCUGCGGAAGACCAUCCUGGUCCUGGAGAACACCUCCCCGGUCACGCCCAGGAUCCAAUACCGCAGUCUGAGCAAACCCAAGGAGGUUAUGGAGUAUGAGACUACCGUGUAA